CUUUGGGUGUCAAUUACCGGGACCCAGCCAGUGAUUACUCGCCGACACCUGGUGAUCGCCGAGUAUUACCAAUGGAGUAGAGAUCCGUUUGUAAACAAGACAGUUCUCUCCCCUGUCAACUCUGACACACUGCUUUUGUAUGUCUCUGCAUAGCAGAGCUAGUUGAAAGCACACAGACAGCAUACUGUGAAACAGCACACAGCUAACUUUGAUCGCCCCAGAUGUUAACCCCCGCCUGCCCAAUGUCAUUAGUAAAGUGUCAGUGCUUUUUAUUAGCACUGAUCACUGUAUUGAUGUCACUGGGGAUGUCAAUGACACCAAGUCAGUUCCCCCCAGUGUCAGAAUGCCCACCGCAGUCCCGCUAUAAGUCGCUG